UGUGUGUGGGCAAAUUGGCAGACUGGGAACCAUGGGGUCUGAGGAAAUCUGCUGGAAUCAGGAGGUCAAGAUGCAGGCAGCAGCCUUCAAAGACAAGAAACAGAGGGCCCCAGACCAUAAGGAAGGUGCAGACCCUGACUAUGAGAAUAUCACCUUGACCUUCAGAAACCAGGAGCAACCAAGGGGCAGCCAUUCACCACCCAAGAAUCGAGGCAAGCAGCCACCUGCCAGCCCGCACCGCACAGCCUCGGGAGGGGCCCCUGUCCCAGCCUGGUCGAGGCCGGCCCCAGACUCUGCCCAGGUCCCUCGUUGGCUGCACAGAGCCACCCUGAGCCUGUACAUCCUCCUUGCCCUGUUCUGCAUCGUUCUCUUGGCCUUGGUCCUGGUGAAGAAUUCUGAGGUGUCCCAGGAGCUGCUGGUCGUGAAAAGGGAGCUCCAGAAUGUCUCCAUCUCGGGACAACAGUGUCAGGAGGAGCAGAAACAGGGCUGGAGCAGCAUCCAGCAGCUCAUCACGGAGGCCAGGCAGCACAUUGACAUGAUCCAGAGAAAUGUCCACGUCGGGAAUGAGAAAGUGAAGACGCUGUCAACAGACUUAAGCCAAAUCAAGACUAAAUUACAUGAAAUCUCCAAGGUACUAGAGAAGAAGCCGCAGCCACAGCCCACAGCUCAAUAAAUGAGAAGACAUUGACACCCGGGCUGCAGCUUGGAGGACGGGGCUGCACUUCCCCGUGAAGACGGCCGCACGUGUGCCUCAUGGCGUCAUGGGAGCGAUAACACAUGACACAGUGGGCGGCUGUGUCAGCAAGGACCGCAGAAGUGUGUCAGCCUGAGCGCGGGUGUUGGUAGCACGUGUUGCACUGUGAACACGUGUGAAUGUCCUGUGGUAUGUUGCGUGUGAAUGUCCUGGAGCUGUGUGUGUGCGUGUGUGCGUGCGGAGCACCCCCUACAUGACUGUAACUGCAGGUGUUGAGAGUGUACCCCGUCACUCCCUGUGUUGUCUGAACAGGUGGGUGUCAGUGUGUGACUGAUUAUGUCACCGAGGGUGUGCAGAGCGGGUACAUUUGUGCGUUCCCUUGUUUCUGCACUCACGUUUUGUGAUUUGUGACGAUAAAGGCCAAUGGGAAAGAA